GAGAAGAGGCCGUAUCUCAGCUUGAUGUCGCACAAGGCCGUCCUGACGGCUGCGAAUUCACACCCUCUUGCUGAGUUCGCCGCGCGGGAUGCCCUCCUCCACGGGCAGCGGAUAUCCAGGAGAGCCUGCCGGCGAGAGAUGGUGCGCGACGCGGCGUCUGGAGUGCUACUUUCGGGUGCUACGUGCUACUAA